CCACAAGUCGGCACAUCUCCAUAAUUGCCGAAGUAUGGUAGUACUAUCAUCAAUGAAUCAUUCUCCGAUAUGGAGGCAGAAUCAAAGGCGACGGAGGCUCGACACCCUCUAGAUCUCCCUCCGCCCGAGCAGCUGAGGGAAAUUGAGCGCAAGCAGAAUGAGCGUGCUGCUGAGAUACGUGCCAGAAGACGGCGCGAAUCGGUGGUCGAUGAGAGGACGAAGGCUGCUGAGGUAAUUCAGAGAACAUAUAAAGGCCAUCGAGAUCGCAGAGCGUUGAAGGGGUAUGGACUUGAUUCCAGCACCAGAUGGCUAGAGGGGCUCAAAGAUGCCGAGUAUAACAAGCUCACGCGGGUGAUGUCGAGAUCAGCACGUUUCAACGAAUCCCAGACUCGGACGGAGCGAGCACGAAGUCGUUGGGCGCAAGCCGGCAAGAUCGCGCUCCACGCUGGCGACGAUAACACGAGCGACAGCGACGAUCGAUCUAGCCAUGCCGAGUCCAUGGCCAAGAAGCGCGCGAAGAAGGCGGAGCGAGAGAAGUAUGCUAAAAUGAUGGGACUGGAUUACUUUCUGGAGAUGGUGGAUCAGAAGCACAGAUAUGGCAGUUCUCUGAGACGAUACCACCAGGAGUGGAUGAGGAGCGAUACCAAGGAAAACUUCUUCUACUGGCUAGAUUAUGGCGAGGGCAAAGAUCUGGAUCUGCCCGAUCGGCCACGCGAGAGACUGGAGCGCGAACAGGUCAGGUAUCUCAGUGUUGAAGAGAGGAGAAAGUAUCUUGUCCGAAUCGAUGAGCAGGGUCUAUUGGUGUGGGAUAAGGAUGGCAAGGCGAUCACGACAAGCCCAGACUUCAAAGACAGUAUUGAUGGAAUCGUGCAUUCAUCCGAAGAUAAGCCGACAUGGAGAGAAGUGACUACGGGCGAGAAGGCUGAGCCGCGGGACACAUCAAGCGAUUCAUCGUCGAUAGGCAGCAAGAUCAGUACUGGUAGUCACGAGGACGCGUCGAAAUAUGCGAACGAAGAGUUCCACGACGCGAAAGGCCUGUCCAAACUCAACCAUGUCAGCGUCGAUGCGCUCAUGAAUCACCUCCUGCGGAAGACGACCAAAAGGAACACGUGGAUCUUCGUCGCCGACACCUCGUUCCGCCUGUACAUCGGCAUCAAACAAUCGGGCGCCUUUCAACACUCGUCGUUCCUGAAAGGCGCGCGCGUCGCCGCGGCAGGUCUCAUCAAAAUCAAACGCGGGCAGAUCCGCAAACUAUCUCCAUUGUCCGGACACUAUGCGCCGCCGGUGCGCAAUUUCCGCGAAUUCCUCAAGAGCCUGAAGGAAGCUGGAGCAGACCUGAGCCGCCUGAACGUCAGCCGGUCAUAUGCUGUUAUUCUGGGGUUGGAAGGGUACGUGAAGGUCAAGAAGAAGGCGAAAGAUGCUAAGCAAAGUAUACAUGAUGUGUUGGAUCCUGAGGAGAAGAGGAAGCGGAUUGAGAUGGAGAAGGACAAGAGUCAGAGUGCGGAGAUUGAGAGACAGGUUCUUGCCCAGGAGGCGCAGGAGAGAAGAAGUCAGAGCAAGAGUUUUCGGAUGAUGAAGAGGUUGGGGUCGGCAAAGACGAUCACAACCCGCUCGCCCUAA